GAGCUUUGCCGGACCUCUUUACCUGCUAUGGCAGGAAAGCUGCCUAGGUGGUGCGUCAACCAGCAGAUUACCUGAAGGACACAGCAGAGGAGCUUGCUUUCGCCCUGUCAGGGCUUUCUUGACCUAAGCAGGCAUUGUUAUCAGCCGCUUACAAACGAUUUUGUAGAGUACAGCGUAGCUUAGGGACGGCUGUCCUGCCUGGAACUCGUUCCAGAGAACCCGCGGAACCGACUGUUUCAGGGCAUAUCUGUCUGGGUCAGGUACCACCACAGGCCCCUAGUGGGGCUGCCAGGAGGUUGGGCCUAUGGCUACGGUGCUCAUUCAACAUGGGGAGGCCGGAGCCGACGGGACGCCACCACCCCGUGCUUACUUCCAGCUGAUUGAGGGCAAGCUCCAUCUACCCACCAUUCGAGACUACUUCCGCCUAACCAACAUUGCGCUGGAUGGAGUGGUUUACCCAACCGACCCGGAGGGCUUCACGUUUAGCACCUUCACGGCCGACACCACUGUGCGGGUGACCGGCGAUGCAAUGCCCGGUGUGCGGCUGACGCGCAUCUUGUUGAUCCGCACCAGUGAGAUCUACGGGGAGCCGGAGCAGCCGGGCGGCAAGCGCAAGCACAUGCAGGCGGAGGAGAACUUGGGGCUGUGGACGCUGCCGCCGCCCGAAUCGCAGCCGCGCACGCUGACGGAGCUCACAGCGGCGCUCAGGUCCUUCCUGCAGAUCGAGCACAGCAUCACCUGGCUGUUCAAGUACCGCUACUUCUCCGACCUGGUGCCCAUCGUCAGCGACUCGGCGCUAGCGGAGGCGUUCGACCACUUCAGGGCCGUUGCUGCUCAGUCCGCGGAGGACGAGCAGGCGGCGAGCCAGCAGUGCCGCCUCUAUCUCAACACCACCAGCGAGGAGAUGGCGCCGCGAGACAUCAUUAGAGCCAGGAUCACCGGCAUCCUGGACGCUGCUGCGGCGCAUUCCACGGGUCGCGAGUCCGCCGCUGCGGCGGUACCCGCCGUGACGGCCCCCGUGCUGCCGCCAGCGCCGCUGGUCCCUCCUCCUCUGCAGCUACCGACUCCCAACGACGCCGUCACAGCGGCGGCGGCAGCAGCCACGGCGGCUCUCCUCAGCGGCAGUGUCGUACACCCUCAGCAACACCCGCAAGGCGCCGCCGCGGCGGCGGCAGCGCUGGCGGCUGCAGGAUACGCGCCGUACCAAUUAGUGCUACAGCCUCCGCCACCGCCACAACCGGGGGAUGCCAUACCAGGGGAGGGGUUUGGGGUGUACAGCAGUGCGGCUGGAGGCGGCGGCGAGGAUGGCGACGACGGAGAGGAUGGCGAGAUGCAGGGGGAAAAUGGGGGAACGCUGAGCGGACUGCUGGGUAUCCCGCGGCCCAGCGGCAGCGAGGGCGCCAUGGGCGGCAGCUAUGGAGCGACCUUGAUCAUACAGUCGAAGAAGGAGAGCAAGACACGCCAUGCAGACGGACGCUUCAAGAACGAGGCGCAACACGCCAAGAAGAUGGCGGACAUGACCCGCAAGAUCGCGGAGCUGUUUGACGGGGCGAUCGCGGGCAUGGUGGAGGUGGCUGACCACAAGAAGAUCAUGUGCCUGGUGUGCAAUCACGCUUGCACCGCCUACUCCGCCUACCACACCGACUGCGUGAGGAAGCACUUUCUGCGCCACCACGAGCCAACGCUGCGGGAACGCGGGGUGGAUGUGGGGCGCUGGCGCAAGGAGUACGAGGUCUCGCAAAAGGUCAAGCGGCAACAGCAGCACCAAAUGGAGCAUUACCCGCCGCCGCCCCUGCAGGGUGCGGUGGGGAUCCCCGGGCUGCCCCCCGGGCUGAUGCUGGGCCCGGGAGGCGCCGCGCUGCCGCCGCAGUUGGCGCUUCCGGUGCUGCUGAACAGCCUGAACGCGCUGGCGGCCGCGGGGGUGGACACGGAGUCGCUGCAGCGGGGGCUGCAGGCCCAGCUGUUGUCGCUUGCGGGCCUGCCUGUCCUGGGCGCUGCAGACCCGCAGCUGCAGCUGCCUGGCAUGCCCCCCGGUGUGGGCCUGGGCGGCCUGGGACUGCUAGCACCGCCUCAACAACAACCACCACCACAGCAGCAGCAGCAACAACCGCCAAACGCACAGCAGCAGCAGCAGCCUCUAACAAUGCAGCAGCAGCUGCAGAGUGCGCUGCAGACAGCGCCGGCGGGUGCAGGGGGACUCGGCGCCGCUCCCGGAGGCCUUGCGGGCGGCGGCGGGGGAGUGCCGCUGCAGACUGUGUCGGCGCUGCUGAUGCAGGCCCAGGCCGUAUCUCAGGACGAACAGCUGCAAAUCCAGGCAGCUGGGUCCAUACCUGGACUCCUGCCGCCGCCCCUGGCUGGCACUGCUGCAGCUUCCGCUGCCGGCACCGCUGCAGCUGCAACUCCGCCGUCGACAGCAUCUGCCGGGGGUGGGGGAGCUAUGGCGGGAGCAGCGCCGCCCGUGGCACCUCCUGCGGAGGGUGCUGCUGCUCAGGGUUUGACGCUGCCAGCCGGGCCGUUGGGUGCCUUCGUAGGCCAGGCGACCAGCGGAAGCGGCAAUCCCGGGGGCGACGCCUCGGCCACGGGCGCCGGCUCCGCCGCUUCACCGGCAGCUCCCACCGCAGUGGCUUCACCGACGGCGGUGGAAGUAGGGCCGCAGCUUUCCGUCCUCAACCCCGGCGGUGCCACAACAGCGCUUGCUACCAUGCUUAGCCUGGCCAAUGGUACCGUGACGACUGAGAUGCAGCCACCGCAGAUGGCGACAGCGGUUUCACCGACCCUUCGAGCACAGGCCGUGCCGCAGGGUGAAGCAGCUGGGAGCGGGGAGGCAGCCUCUAACGCUGCCGCUGCUGGAGGCGGUGGUUUGGGCCGCAGCGGUGGCGAUCAUGGUGGCGCAGAUCCGCUACCUGCCGUUGCGUUGCCUCCGGUGGUGCCAGCCGACAUGCCGCAGCAGUCCCUGGCGGCCUUCAAGGCCGAGUCGGCGUGAGAGUGCAACACCACCUUGAGGGACAUACCCGUGCCCCGUACGUGCCGCUGCCUUGGCAAGCGUGAUAGCAUGUUGACACCCAUACCCCGUCUUCAGGCGCCUUGGAUUUUCCAGAUGCAUGGCGGUGCUAGGGGUACUCGAGAAGCGGGUCACGAUGGGACAGUCUGAGAACAGCUUUCGGAACUUGUACUUUACAGGCUUUGUUAUGUACGCGCAUCCGCUGGGAUGGCAUGCAGCCGCUCUGGAUGACCGGGUUUCCUUGGGUACGGUAGCGUUGAGGAGAGGUGUCUGCGAUGUCAGCAAAGAGCGGGUAGACGUGGGGUUACCUGCGUCGUGUGGUUAGGUGUGUCGUGUCUAUUGAGUUUGCAUAUGCAAUGUACAUAUGGUGAGAGAGACAGUGUGUGUCUGAAGAAACGGCAGUGCUUGUGCACGGGAGGGCAGACCAGAACCUAGGGACUUACCCGUGCCAGCCGUGACAAGGUGGGCGUGGUAAGUAGGUUUCAUGUUACCG